AUGGAUUCUUCUCUCGUGAUCAAGGCGAAGUAUGGAGAUACUCUCAGGCGAUUCAAUGUUCGCGUGGAUGAGAAUAAUCGACUUGAUCUUAACAUAGUUGGGUUGAGGGCUAAGAUAUGCUCUGUUUUCAGUUUCACAACUGAUGCUAAUUUUAUUCUGAGAUAUGUGGAUGAAGAUGGUGACUUGGUGAAUCUUGUGGAUGAUGAAGAUUUGGCCGAUGUUAUGAGACAACAAUUGAAGUUCUUGAGAAUUGAUGUACAUAUGAUUGAUAAUUCUGAUGGUAAAUCAGUUGCUGAUGGCUCUAGUGGAAGUGCUACUCCUUUAAGAGCUAAUUCUGUCUCAGACCCGUUUCUAGCUGAUGCUUUGCUAGCUCUGCCUGAGCCGUUGCGAGAGGCUCUUCAGUCGUCAUUUUCCAAAGCCGCUUCUUCAAAUCCAGUGCUAGCAAAUAUUGCUGAUUCAAUUUCCAAAAUUGGACAGUCCGUUCUAAAGCCUCGAGGCAAUUCUCAUACUGCAGGUGGCUCAGGCUCAAAAAAAGGUGUUCCGAAUGAGUCUGUCACUCCAGAAGCAAGAGGUUCACAGUCUCCAUCUGUGGAUUCUGCUUCUGGUGUUUCAAAUUCUGUGCCAGAUGUGCUGGAGGCUUUUUCUAAUUUAUCACUUUUAAAAACUGCAGCUGCAAGACAAGUGCUUCGUAAUUUAACUGAUUCGAUUUCAAAAACACAUCUGAAAUCUCACCACAGGGCCCCUCUUGUUGCAGCUGGUCCAAGCUCCAAAAGUAAUGUUGCUGAAGAACUUUCCACUUCCGAAGCAAGAGGUCCACAGUCACCAUUUCUGGGUUCUGUUUCGGAUGUCAAUAGAAAUGUACUGGCAGCCUCCAGUGCAGGUCAACAGGUGGACUCUGGAAAUGUGGGAAUUGCUGCUGUUGAUCUCAAUUCAUCCACCAAUAUAAAUAAAGUACCACUCUCAUCAGCAGUUCCUGUUAGUGUUGACAAGGGUAAAGUGUCUUUUGAUGACAGUGUUGCUCUUAAGGGUGAAAGAGUUCCUGUUAGUGUUGACAAAGGUAAAGCGUCUAUUGAUGACAGUUUUGCUGGUAAGCAUGAAAGAUGUGUAACAUCAACGAAUUCUGCUGUUCCUAACUUAAACAAGAAUCCCGCAAUAAGUUUCGGUGCUCCUUUUGACUGUCCAUUUUCUGGGACACAUGCUCAUCAUCCAAUGCCACAUCCUCUAGGUAACUUUGGCAUUCCUCCAUUUAAAAGGAGCCACAGUCACUCUGAUGCAUUGAAUGGUAUGUUUCACAAGGGUGUCCGCUGUGAUGGCUGUGGAGUCUAUCCAAUAACUGGACCUCGUUUCAAAUCCAAAGUGAAACAAAACUAUGACCUCUGCAGCAUUUGCUUCAAUGAAUUUGGUAAUCAGACUGAUUAUAUCAGGAUGGACCGUCCUGCAUCUUUUCGGGGUCCAAGAUGUUUAUAUCCGAAUCCCAAAGAAUUUAGGUUUCCAAAGAUACCACCGCGUGUCUUAAAAACAGCUGCGAAGCAUGCAAGGCAAAGGCUAGAUAGUCGGUUCAUUUUGGAUGUCAAUGUUAUAGAUGGUACAAUGAUGGCUCCAUCUACUCCGUUCACGAAGAUCUGGCGGAUGCGCAACAAUGGCACAGUAGCGUGGCCCAAGGGAACUCAACUUGUUUGGAUUGGAGGGGAUAGAUUAAGUGAAUCACAUUCUGUUGACUUGGAGGUUCCCGAUUCUGGUAUAUCCUCGGAGAUGGAGCUUGACGUUGCAGUUGAUUUUAUCGCACCCCAGUCACCUGGUAGAUACAUAUCAUACUGGAGGAUGGCAUCUCUCUCUGGACAUAAAUUUGGCCAACGGGUUUGGGUCCUUAUACAGGUUGAUGCUUCUCUCAAGGACUCAUUCUAUGAUAGCUCUCAAGGCCUGAACUUGAAUAUUCCCCUUGGUGUGAGUAGCUCUGAAGGGCCUCAGAUUAUAGAUAUCAAUGUUCAACCUGUUGAGGAUGAUGCUUUUCAUCAACCCAAAAAUCCCAAUGCUCCACCUGAACCUGUGAAUCAAAUAGUUGAUAAGGAACUAAGACAAGAACUGGGAUAUGAAUUUCCUACAAAUAAAGCAAUAUUUGCUGGCUCUGCUGCCUCAGUCCCUGCAAUUCCGGAGGCAUCUUCAUCUGUUUCUUACCCCAUCAUUGAUUUCUCUGGCGCAGCCCCUGCAAUUUUGGCAACACCUUCAACUGUUACUUACCCCAUAAUUGACUUAUCUGGCACAACCCCAGCCGUUCCCUCCAACCAGCAAGCCUCAACUGCGGAUGCACUAUCAUUCUCUUCAGACAAGGAUGGAAAUGAUUCUGUGGAAGAGGCCCUCCUUAAAGAGCUUGAGGAGAUGGGUUUUAAGCAGAUUGAUUUAAACAAAGAGGUUCUGAGAAUGAAUGAGUACAAUCUGGAGCAGUCAAUAGAUGAACUCUGUGGUGUUUCUGAGUGGGAUCCUCUCCUUGAGGAGUUACACGAUAUGGGUUUCUGUGACAGAGAGACUAACAAGAGGCUGCUGUUGAAGAACGAAGGAAGCAUUAAGCGUGUUGUUAUGGACUUAAUCAAUGGAGAGUAG